AUGGCUAAGGGAAACCAUUCAGAAGUGAUGGAGUUUGUUCUCCUGGGUUUCACAAAUCUGCCACAACUGCUCUUUGUGAUUUUUUUUCUGAUCUAUGUCACCACUCUGGUGGGGAAUCUAGGCAUGGUCAUACUAAUCAGGACUGACUCUCAGCUUCGUCUCCCCAUGUAUUUCUUCCUCAGCAACCUGUCUUUCCUGGACAUCUGUUACUCUUCGUCUGUAACUCCUAAGCUGCUGUCAGGCCUCCUUGUUGAGAGGAAUAUAAUCUCUUUUAGGGGCUGCAUUGCACAGUUUUACUUUUAUGCAGUAUUUGGCACUACAGAAGCUAUCCUCCUGGCUGUCAUGGCUUAUGAUCGCUAUACGGCCGUCUGUGAACCUCUGCACUAUUUGAUUGUCAUGUCCCCUAAAGUCUGUGUCCGCCUGCUAGUGGGCUCUUACAUUGCUGGGACUCUGAAUGCCCUGGUGCACACUUGCACUCUCCUCCAACUGUCUUUCUGUGGCCCAAAUGUUGUUGAUCAUUUCUUUUGUGAAAUCCCUCCCCUCCUGUUACUCUCGUGCUCUGACACCUGGGUAAAUGAGAAGGUGAUGGUCACGAGCAUUGGUUUCAUCAUAAUAACUUCAGUCUUGGCCAUCUUUGUCUCUUACACUUGCAUCCUGGUCACUAUCUGGAAUAUCCGCUCUGUGGAGGGUAGGCAUAAAGCCUUCUCCACCUGCACGUCCCACCUCGUGGCUGUGGCCCUCUUCUAUGGUUCUGCUGCUUUCUUAUAUCUACAUCCCCUUUCCAAUCACUUGGAUGUUCAAGGAAAAACAGCAUCCAUCUUCUACGCUGUGCUGACCCCCAUGUUAAACCCUUUUAUCUACAGUUUGAGGAACAAGGAGGUGAAGAACGCCUUCAGAAGAGUGAUGAAGAAGUUUCUGUCUUGA